AUGUUCGUCAGUUACUUACGACUUAUUACAGGGUCCCAACAAGGGCCCCAAUUCCCACGCGCGCAUGGCCGAGCCAACCUGAUCGACGCUCCCACCUCCUCUCCGCCUCCGACAGCUGGGACUGUAGCCUGUGGUGUGGACUCUGUCAGUGUGAGGGUGUUGCUGAACAUUGGGCAGGCUCUACCUCUGGACCCCAAAGGUUUUCUAUUGGGAAGCUGCUCUCCGUCCACCAGCAGCUAUAACACUGUGCAGUUCCAAUCAGGGCUGCUUGACUGCAGCUUUAUACGCAUGGUUACUACCAAUGUCACCAGUUACAUGAAUGUUUUGAAGUACCAGCCCACCCAGAAUGGCUUCUACCAGACUCCAUUCACUCAGGCUAUUGUGUGCACCUACACCAAACCUGCUGGCUGGACUCCUCCAGUGUAUAACCCUGCACUUGGGGAUGCUUCUGGGUUUGGGAAGCUGGAGUUUACCAUGGGGAUUAUGAAUGAUGGAUUCUCGGCUCCACGCACUUCCAGUCUGUUCUUCCUGGGGUCCCCCAUCUUCAUUGCAGCUGCAGUGAAGCAGCAAUUCCACAUGCCACUGAUGGUCUACAUAGAAGAGUGUGUUGCUGCCAGCACUCCAGAGCUGAGCCCUUCAAGCCAGACCUACCCGCUCAUCGCCAACCAUGGAUGCUUUGUAGAUGGCCAGGCUGCUAACUCCAGGUUUCUGCCCCGAGUCCAGACCUCUGAGAUACGUCUGGUUGUCCAGGCCUUCAAGUUUACCCAACUGAACACAGAUGUCUAUAUCCACUGCCGGUUGCUGGCCUGGGACCCUGCCCAGCUCAAUGACCCCACCAAGAAAGCCUGUUCAUUCAACCAGAGAACCAGGAGGUGGGAGCUCCUGGAUAACCCUGGUCAGAGCUCUGUGUGCAGCUGCUGCACUUCCUCCUGCAAUAUGAGGAAGAGGAGGCACACUGCUGAAGAGGGGCUGAGACGCACUGCAGUGCUGGGACCCCUGAGGAUCCUUUCUGAUGAGCUGUCUGCUGACAACCAGGAAAUCUACCAGAGGAGCCCUGCUCUGUCACUGGAGGAACCCCAGCAGGCUUUGGCCUGGCUGCCUGUCCUGGCUGCUCCACUUCUCCUGAUGGCUCUCCUGGGAGCCCUGUCUAUGGGUUACUGCAUGUGGCGUCAUCCAGACUGCUCCAAGUCUAGCAGUGAGCUCCUUGUUCCUGCCCCCAACUGAUGAAAUGCAUGGUUUCCAGUA